AUAAUGGCUGAUGAUGCCAUCGCUGCCUCGCCGGAAACCAUCUGCAAAUUGCCUGAGGUGAACUCCGAGAUCGUGCUUAGUGUUUUACGGGUCGUAUACCACAUCGCCGCGAGGUACGCAUGGAUACCUGUCAUAGCUGCGGGGCUGUUUGGGAACGCCAUGUCCGUCAUUAUAACUCUGCAGAAGGACAACAGGCGGAUUUCAACAUGCAACUACAUAACUGCUAUUGGCUUGGCUGAUUCGGUGGUCCUCGUCGUCGAACUGGAGUGGGGAAUAUUUUAGCAUAUUUGGGACACAAGACCACCGACAGAACUUGAAAUGCAGUUGAUGAACUACUUCGCUUUUUCCUUUGCAAUCCUUUCUGGUUUCUUCCUCGCCGAGAUGACAGUGGAUAGGUUGAUUGUAGUUCGAUUCCCGAUGGCUGCUCCCAGACUCUGCACAACCAGACGGACCUGCGUGACCAUUGUUGUGACGUUUAUUUUGGUCUGUGGUCUAAAUCUUUACUGUAUGUUUACUUAUAAAAUAGUAUAUCACGAACAAACAGGUCAGGGUCUUUUACGUAUGGUAGUAGAAGGCGCCCCCGAAUUGGAAACACUGGGACUCGCGGCUCAGUUGGCUAUUGGCACCAUCCUCCCAUUUGUCAUCAUUGUCGCCUGCAACCUGUGGAUUUUCAAUGUGCUGCGAAAUGCGUCCAAGAAAAGCAACAAAAUGGGUGUGAGCAAAGAAGGCCAGAAAACACGAGAGAAGGAGACUACGUAUUUGACCAAAAUGUUAAUCCUCGUCAGUAUUGCUUAUGUCAUGACAUCUAUUCCUUAUAGACUGUACGAGAUCAUAAUGGGCAUCCCAGAGGUUGCAGCACCGUACGACCUUCGUGUGGAGUACUGGAGUCUGCGACUCAAUUGCAUCCAUUUCAUUUUACUGACUAUCUGGGAUAUGAAUUUUGCUAUCAAUUUCUACCUUUACUGUAUCGGGGGCGGAAAGAAAUAUCGCAAUGACGUCAGAGAAAAAUUAGCGAAUAUGUUUUGUCUUUGUAAAGACUGAUUGAGUACUUAGGGUUACGAAUGUGUAUCUUUACCUCGUCUCAGCUUGCCAUUUUGUGAGCUUUCCUUUACUUAAUGGCGGGUACAUCGAAGUCUGUUAUGAGAGGAUCAUCAUUAACGUUAGUACACAUUGUCUUCCUCCCAGUAGUCUUUUUUACACUUUCAGGACAUGUGAGUUGAUUAUUUAACUUUAGAAAUAAGUUCUUUACAAUAGAAUACGAGUUUGAUGAGUUUCUUUCGACUUUCUACUUUCGACUUUCGCAUUACACAGGAUGGUGGCCUUGGGUGGCAAAAUUGUUAUUUUGAUAUUUCCUUCAACGUUAAAACAACACAAACGCCAUCUUCAGGGUGAUGAUAGAACUGACUCGACGCAAGGACCCAACGCGCCGCGUAGCGGCAAAAUAACAAAGCUGGCGAAACAUUUAUAACGGGUCACCGUGAUCUCAUUAUGGAUUGAUAGCGCGAUUAUGGGGUUGUAACUAUUUUGCUGUAUAUUGUCACGAGGAAAGAAAAGCACGCGACCUAACGCCAACCUAUUUAUGUAAAAUGAUAAUAGGAAAUGUUAAUAAAUAACCAUUCCUUAUCGUCUUUUGAGAGCAUUUUUAAUUGUAAAAAGUAUAUGCCUACGUCAAAGAGUCUCUGCAAUGGUCAUUUUUAUCAGAGUAGUCUCGCGCAGCCAGACCUUCUUCACUUAUUAUUGAAGGACUAUCCCCUUGUUUCUACAGGGUUGACCAUGUCUCUGAAAUGAAAUGAAAUUGAAAGUAUCAUUUCUCUACACGAGCACAUGGUCAAGUCCUACAUGAGGGCCAAAUAAGAAACCAGCUUUCCGGGUAUUUUCAUCUGUAUAUAGGAGUGGUGGCUGUCCUAGUAGAUGGGACAUAAUGGGAUGGGCCGGGAUGGGUCGGCCUACGGAGGAUUCUCAAAGGCCGAUGCAAAUGGACUGGUUGUGAUAGGCUCUACGUAGUGGCAAGACAGAAAUAGGAACAGAAGGAAUUACAAUUUUGCCAAAAAUGAAAGUUGGUCAAAGUGUGCAAUAAACGAUUUUGAUGGUCGCUUUUUUGGUUUGGCCUUGGUGAGAUCACCUUUAGUCUCCACGCACGGAUACGCUUGCACGGUAUACAGAGUUUACACUACGAAACUCUGCGCGGAGGGCCCCAGACAUGCGUAGUGGAUUGCAAUGAGUAUGCACUGUCCUUUGUACAGCCUGGCAGACAGGCCAGAUUUCUUCUGUCUCUAUGAAUUUCGACGUUGAUUACGGCUGAAAGAUGUAGAAUUUUAGGAUUCUGACUACAUCUUCUGAAAAUGAGAUACAUAUUGGGAGUAGGAAGGAUAGAUUUUGAUAUAAAAGAUGGAUAGCUUGCUGCGUGGCAAACGCUUCUUUUGUCGGGAAUGGGGCUUCAGCAAAAUCAACCAUUGCCUGGAGAACCGGCCCUCGGCCAAAACAUGCGGUGCUUUAAUCAUGGGAGGGCCAGGCUGCGGCAAGACCUCCCUCUGCUGUGAACUAGUCUGGCCAACUACUAGUCAUGGAAAACAACGGAACUUAAAUCGGCGGUUAUUGGCGUAUCAUUUCUGUCAAGCUCAUGACAUUGAUACGUUGAACUUGACAAAGUUUAUACAAAGCCUUGUUGAACAGAUUAGAAAGUCUGGGCUUGUUGAGGGAUAUGGGGAUGCGAUUAGUGACCCUGUUGUCCAGACGGCACUGGAGACGAAAGAAUGUGAGAAAAAUCCCGACGAAGCUUUCAAAAAGGGUGUCCUCUUGCCAUUGCUGUCAUUGCAGCCACCGCCACAGAACUUGUUCUUGCUUGUUGAUUCGAUAGAUGAGUCGUAUCUUCAGUCGAUAAGCGAUCACAAAUCCGGUAGUCGGACAGUUGCAGAACUUCUUGCCAAUCAUCAUGCGCUCUUUCCAAAAUGGCUGCUGCUGGUGUGUUCUUCACGCAAACAGAGCAAGUCUGUCACGCGUAUGUUUACAGGGUUUCGAAAAAUCAGUUUGGAUGAUCUGCGGAAGUCUCACGUUGUGCGAGAUGUUCAGCAGUAUAUCUUGUGCCGCCUUGAUCAGGAGGAGGACCUCCGGCAACAUCUCAGUAGAGACACGGCUGAGAUGCUAAAUCAACUUCAUAUCAAAAGCAACGGUUGUUUUCUUUACUUGGAAAAAGUUUUGGAUGGGGUUGCGGACAAUUUCAUCAUGUUGCGCGAAAUCCGAGAAAUACCUGGUACAUUGAAUGGAUUGUACCUAUGGCUGUGUCAGCGACUGUUUGUGCGCAAACAGUUUGUGAAAAUUCAGCCAAUUUUGAAUGCAAUUUUGGCUGCACGUUGCCCUCUUACCGUAGAUGAGUUGUAUUUAUGUGCCUGGACACGCAACACGAACCUGAAUCGUGAUGAGUUCUGUCGUCGUGUAGAUAUGCUUUCCAAAAUCAUCAUCGAUGGUCGCCACAACACAAAGAUACUGUUCCAUCACAGUUUUGCCGAGUGGCUCCUCGAUGUCAAACAUUGCACUCAAAAGUAUCUUUGCACUGCCGCUGAAGGUCAUGGUAUGAUAGCCAUGACUUUGUCUCUGCAUGCUUCCAGCCUGUCUCCAUGUGACAUCCAGGACUUUGCGCUUCACCUUGGGAAAAGCAUUUUCCAGCCUCCGAUUUAUCCAUUUCAUCUCGCAUUAUGGAUGGUUAUGUGUGGGACGAACGUCGAGGACAGUUUGACAUGUGGCAUGCCAAAGGAACCGAAAGUCCGGAAACUCCUCUUAGAGGCGGGGGCUCGAAUUCCCGUACAUGAUGAAACCCAAAGCAGUACAGCAUCUAGUGAAAAUAAGGAUGACUCCUAUGCUGGUCUCUUAGAAGAUGAAACCAUGAUUGACCAACUCGAUGGAAAUGGUCGAACUAUGCUCAUGAACGCUGCAUACCAAGGCAAUUUACAGUUGGUCAAUAUGUUAGUGACACGAGGGGCUGAUUUGGAAGUAAUUGACAAAAAUGGACAGACGGCUCUGAAUCUUGCCUCAAGACAGGGUAACGCUGAUAUAGUCGCUGUGCUUCUCACAUCAUGUGCUAAUGUUGACCAUACUGACAAUGAUGGCUGGACUGCGUUGCGGUCAGCGGCCUGGGGUGGUCACACAGAAGUGGUCAGAUUACUUCUUGAAGCUGGUGCGCAAGUGGAUCAUGCUGAUAGUGAUCAGCGGACGGCGCUACGAGCCGCAGCCUGGGGAGGACACGACGAGAUCGUAAUACAGCUUUUAGAACACGGUGCAGAUGUGAACAAGGUCGACAAUGAAGGUCGUACUGCGCUGAUUGCUGCGGCAUACAUGGGUCAUGUUGAAAUUGUGGAACAUCUUUUAGGGCAUGGUGCCGAUAUCAAUCAUGAGGAUUGCGAUGGGCGCACAGCCUUAUCAGUUGCUGCACUGUGUAUUCCAGCAAGCCAAGGUCACUCUGGCGUGGUCAGUCUACUCCUUGACCGUGAUGCUGCGGUGGAUCAUGCUGACCAUGACGGAAUGACGCCACUUCUAGUCGCUGCCUACGAAGGUCAUCAGGAAGUCUGUGAGUUACUUCUCGAGAACGAUGCCGACGUAGAUCACUGGGAUCAUUCAAAUCGCACGCCCCUUCUCGCCGCAGCAUCCAUGGGACACUCGGACGUCGUCAACAUGUUGUUGUUUUGGGGAGCUGCUGUCGACACCAUUGAUACAGAGGGUAGGACCGUUCUUAGCAUCGCUGCGUCUCAGGGCAACCCAGAUGUCGUACGUCAGCUACUCGAACGUGGCUUAGAUGAGAUGCACCGUGACAACGCAGGCUUGACGCCACUGCACUUGGCGUCUUUUGAGGGACACAAGGAGGUUGUCCAGCAGCUGUUAGAUGGCGGUGCGAGACCUGAAGAGAUUGACAACGACGGCCGCAUCCCCCUGAUCCUCGCUGCCCAGGAAGGCCAUCAGGAAGUGGUACAAAAACUAGUCGAAGGGAAGUCGCCUUUAGAUUACAAGGCACACGAUGGCAAGAAUGCUUUCCGGUGUGCGGCUUUCGAAGGUCACAAGGAGGUAGUCAGUUAUCUCUUGACCCAGGAGACAGACUUGAACUACAAGGACAUGGAUGGCCGAUCAACGUUGUACGUCCUUGCACUCGAAAGUCGUAUCGCAAUGGCAAGUUUCUUGCUCGAAAAUGGUGCUGACGCCGAAAGCUGUGAUUUGGAGGGGCGUACGCCACUGCAUGUCGCGGCAUGGCAGGGUCACGUGGAGAUGGUGGAAAUGUUGCUGAACUUCCAAGCGAAUGUGAACGCGGUGGAUAAUGAUAACCGAACUUCUUUGCAAUCUGCGUCUUGGCAGGGCCAUGUGGAUAUUGUCAAGCUUCUGCUGCAGAACGGUGCAGACGUGAAUCAUACUUGUAACCAGGGCGCGACGGCUCUCUGCAUUGCUGCGCAAGAAGGACAUGAUGAUGUCGUGAAAGUACUUCUGCAAUAUAAAGCCAAUCCAAAUCAUGCUGAUCAGUUUGGUCGCACUGCCAUGCGGGUGGCCAUUAAAGGAGGCCAUACCAAGUGUGUGGCAAUCCUUGAGGAAUUUGGUGCUGUUUCAUCUUCGUCGAAUGGUGUGAACAAACGCGGUGGUUCAGCGAGUGGUUCAGGUGACAGCAAGCAGUCGGGCUCUUCUGCAUUCACCCACGUCAGUGCGUUAGCCAAUGGACAUAUCGCAUCACCAGCUGAGUCCCCAGAAUCUACAGCUGACAAGCGCAAGUCGUUCAUGUCAAACCAGUCAUCUAAGUCGAGCAGUAACUUGACAUCGAACUCUUCAUUAGACCGCAAGGACCCUAAUCGUAGAGAUGGCAACUCCUCGCUGCAAAGCCUGCCCUUCACCAUGGACAUUGCGUUGAGUUUCACUCAGCAGAUUCAGCAAUGCACACAUAAUUCUAAAGGAAAGGGCAACAGGCCUGUGUCCAGGGUUCUGUCUCCUGUUAGUGAACCACAGAGCCCAGUGCACACACCAGUUGGGGGCUCACCUAUUAGUGACAUUCAAAGCCUUGCCAUGCUACGCAUAUCCCCUGAAAGUAUGCCACAGUUCACAACGACUCCAAAUCCUACUGCCAAGCAUGUCACACCAAAACGAGAGCCUCUCCCAUCAUCGAUUCACAUCAUCAUGAACCCAAACGCUGAAUUUCUCAGUGCCCAGGAUGAGCCAGAUGAAGAACCAGUUUGGCAGUUAAAUCCUCAGCUACGGGCCCAUGCCAUGGGUGCAAAAGCAAACGUGGCAAGGUUAGAACUGCAUAAACGAAAGGGUUCUUUACCAGAAUCUGGUAGCCCGAAAAUGGGACAACGAGCCCUUAGUAUGAAGUCGCCAGAAACACGCAAGAAACAAAAUGGAGUUCGUUCAAAUCCGACUGUCAUUUCGAAUCCAACUGUGAACAAUCCGACAUAUGGAAUUGUUGGGAAUAUUAAUGGAUACGUGAAUCAGCUAGCCAACCUUGCUGAGGACAGCCUGAAUGCCAUUGGUGGAGCCCCUCCUGUACCUCCGCCACAUCGAACGAAGGCACAGAGGCCGACUGGACUUCCAAUCAAGAAGGAGACACCAUUAUAAUGCAUUUUGAGCUGGACGUUAUGGAGUGGUCGUGGUGGAGCUCAUUCUGGCGAAACUAAUGUUGGGAACGACUUCAACCUGGAGCAUCUACGUGGAUGUGUUUACUGCCAGCAUUUUCAUUGACUGUUACACAAAGAAAAAUAGAUACACAAUGUAGUAUGUAUGUGUGCUUUUCAUAUAUUUCGUUGAUCAUGGCCUGAUUAAAUUCAUAAUUUUUUAUUUAAGAGGUCAUUACAUUCUGAUAGGCAAGCACUAGACAAGAAAUUCACUGCUUUUUCUUGUUCCAAAAAGUAUAUCUGUGGCACUGUGUAAUUUCGUGAUCUUUCAAGCAGCAUGUGAAAAAAUAAGCGAAGGUACACGUAGGCUUGCUGUGCCCAAAAUACAUGUUGUGUUCGGUGGCGCGUUGAUGUAUUCAGUUAGAAGUGCAAUCUAGUCCAGUACUUUGAGACAUUGGUGCUCAGAAUUUAUUGUAAGAUAUAUUGUAAAUAAUGCUUUAGCACUGUGCCAAUGUUAAGUGUGACUAUGUCAACUUGGGCCAUAGAUAGACAUAACUGUUGGUCAUGAAUCGAUCUGUCACCUGUUUUCAAGACUGAAUGUCUAUCUCAUCUUUGAAUCCGUCACUUGGAUCAGAAGAAAUGCACUUUAAAAUGUACUGGUGCGUAACUUGAAAAUGAUUUGAUGAUAAAUUCAUCUGGUAUGCUUUGAGUGUGGUGGCGUACAUAGAUCUUGUAUGUACCUGUGAUGCAUACUGACAUGUUCAUCUGGCUGUACAUGAUGCUUAGUCCUGUAUUACGAACUUGUAUUGUUAUUUGCUUCGUAGCGUGAGUGAGUUUUGUACAUAGCCAUUGAUGUAUCAUAUACAUGUAUGUAGAUCUACACAUAUUGUACAGAGUGGCUUACAAUGUCAAUGAUAUACAGAUACAGAUUUCCUUGAGGCGUUCCCUAAAUGCUGUUGUGUUGACUGAGAUAUAAGUACCAUAAAUGCCAGGUUUCAACGCAUUUGCAUGUAUAAUAUCUGCACUUUGUGGCACAGACAAACACAAUGUACACAAACAGAGUAUGCCUUUAAAUGUUGAACGUUUCUAUAGUAGAAUUGACAAGAUGUAUAAAAUACUGGUUUAACUUAUCUUCCAUGACUGGGGUAGGGGGUAGGGCACCCACGAUCACAUAAGCAAACAAUUGAGUAAUGUGAUAUUGUCACAAGUUAAUGCAACAAAAAACCUUCCUAUUUCAAGCUCUUUGGGGCCAUUUCCUGCGCUAUGAUGAUUUUUUGCCUUGUCAGUAUUCAAUCUUCAUAAUUUAGCUCACAAUUUCCUCCGGAUGCGUGGACUGUAUACGCAGUUUCCAGGCCGAGUCAAGUGCUCAUCGUCAUCAUGAUCUUGAGUAUGUGUAAAUCUAAACAUUAUGAUUAAAUUUUGGGAGUAAACAGGCAAAUAAUCCAUGUCUUGCAUUUUGUCUCCACAAGGAUUGAUAAAACUAGAGUGCAAUGCUGUAAUACCUAUUUAUUAAGGACACCCAGGUUGAUAAGGUCAGGUGGAUUGAAAAUGACCAGACUUGGGACCCAAUUUUUGUGCUUCCACCAAAUGUUGGUACCAUCAAUGUAUGCAUUGCCUUGCCUUAAAGUCAAUAAAUCUUUUUUUAUUAUGGUUGGGACCGAAUGUUGUUUGGGGUUUUGUCCAUAUCACAGGUACCAAGGUAUUUUGUUGUAAAACAUUGUAAAAUUUCUUAAAUAUUUACAGUUGCAAUCUUUACUGGUUGCUGGGCUUUCGUUAAGCGUACAUCCAUAUAUUUCUGGUUGCAAAUUAUCCAAAAAAUAUGAGAGAGCCAAUUUUAACCCACCCCAUUGUGAAGUUGAAAGUUAAAAAUUUCCUAUAAGACCUUGAGCAAAAUAUCCUCUUGGUUAGUUUUCAUUUGAGAUGACCUAGAAAUGUGUGCAUUUGUCACAUAUUUUGCCCUGUCGAAGAUGUUUAUUUUUGGCUAGCCUUAUGUAGUUUUGAUAUUACAUAUAUGUGUAUCAAAUCAAGGGUUGGGAAUGCAUGUAUCAUGUUGUCCCUGCCAUCAAAGCUGUGACAGUAUCAGGUGACGGCUGAAGGCCCUUUCCCUUGUAUUCAUUCUAUCAGAUGGCUUAGGACACUUAUAUUGUUCUUCACCAUGUACAUGUACCGUAGGUGUUUGGAGCAUAAAAUCUGAGCUGUUCGCUUAUGAUUUUAUCACUCUGUCGGUCAGAUUCACUUCUAUAAAACACAUUGAUGGAAUGUUUUAAAGUAUGUUUUUAUAUUUCAUAAUAGAUGACUCCAUGCUUUGGCUUUUCUGUGUGCCAAUGUCAACUUCACAAAUAGGAGAAAUUUUUGUGAGCUUUAAUUGUGUUUAUAUUUUGCUCAAAUAAAUGUAAACUGACACUGUGUCGAUAAUAUUUUGCAUAUUGCUUUGUAUGUGUCUAAAGAACUGUAUUGAUGUGUAGUAACAAAGCUCAACUUUUUUCUUUUUUAGUGCCAUGAUAAAAUAAAACUGUCUUCAAUACAUCCAUCUUGAGGAUUUCCAGAAUUUAUUUGAAUACUCUGGAUGUAUUUAUUUACACCAAUAAGCCUGCACCAACAUGUUCUCUGUCGUGAAUGUAGGACGCCUGUUUAUGACUUUAUGUAACCUAGACAUCCACUGUGCAAUCCUGAAGUAGAAAUAACUACAAAUUGGGAAUUUAUGAGUUCAAUGAGGAUAACUCACUGACUAGAUUUUUGAAUGAAAGAUGAAAUGUUGAAAGCAAAACAAAACAAGACUUCAGAUAAGAAAUGAAAUUUAGAUUUGCACUCCUGAAUUCAAAGCUCCAUUCAGAGACGGUAUCAUGCUAGUCAGUCUGAAAAUCCUAAAAUUCCUGUAGGUUGCCAAGGUUUAUUUUGAUCAAGGUUUUGAGAAUAAGGGUAGUAUGUGUUUAGUCACGGGCAAAUAUUGCAAUAAAAGUAAAGACACCUUAUUGAUAAAUUAAAGGCCAGUUUCAUUUGUGAAAGUUGUGUGCGUGUGGCUUGCUGGUAGUUAGAAGUAGAGAUGAUGGUAGGAACAGUUUAUUGGCAUCAGCAGUGUUCCUGCAUCAGUGUUACAACACCAGUGUAAAAUUAUAUUCUAAAAUACCUUGGUACCGUAAAGUCAACUUUUAAAUGGAAAAUGCAUAAGCCUCGUUCUGAGAGUGGAGUGUUUUGGACACGCAACCAAGAUGCUCUACCAAAGUUCCCUCGGGUUGCACUAAAAUGUGGAACCAUGCACACAGCUCACUUCAGAAGUUUGAGGCUCUCAAAACACUGCUUCAAACACAAAUCAGCCAAGGAAGCAUCAACCACCCUAAGUUUUUUAAUGAGCACUACACAUAUUUGCUGAGAAAAACGCUCCAAAUAGCCCAUUUGCGCGGAUUUUAGCGUCACUUGAGCGAGCCGAUCCGGACUUCCUAUACGGGCUGCCGUAACAUAAUGUAAACAACGGCGCUACCGGCGCUCCGGGCAGGCGAUGGAUGGAAUUUGCCAAAUUCGCACAUAUUCAAGUUAUUUCGUGGCCUAUCUUUUUAAGUUUGAGGUAUUUUAGAAUAGAAAUUGAACCCUCGGCUUCGGACCUUGGUUGAGUUACCAAGACACUCUCGGGUGGAGCUAAAAUUUCGUCCAAACCCUCGCCUGUCGGCUCGGGUUUGGACUGUAUUUUAGCUCCACCCUCGAGUGUCUUGGUAACUCAACCAAGGUCCUCCGCCUCGGGUUCAAUUCCUUAAAUUGUAAUUUGAAAAUUUCAAACUCAGUUUCAAAUUUUAGAUUUGAUUGAACAAACCUGACCUUUAAUUGUCCCGUGGUCUGCCUUGGUGGUGAACUUUAUAUUAUGACAACUGAAUUGAUGUAUCAAGAUGUAAGCGAAGACGACAUAGCAUACUGUGACUUAUUUGUUCCAUUGUAGAUUACAAAACAAAACCAUGACAAAAACAUAGCCAUUAACUUUUGAUUAUUUGUUGCUCAAUCAAAUUCUGUAAAUUGAGAAUUUUUUGGCAAAUUGUUGUGCAGAAAUUUCAUGGUUGAUGCGCUAGACAAGAGUGGUAUAAGUUUUUGUUUGACAGUGCAGUCAUGAGAAUGAAGCGCUUGUGAAAAUUCCUCAGUUUACAGUACAUAUCUUUCGUAUGCAACAAUGUUAUGUCAUAGGAAGUUGUUCGAUAUGGAAGCUGAAGUUGUUGGUAAGGAUGUUGCUUGAGAAUCUGUCAAAAUGGAUGCUCUCAUGAGAAGCUGUUGUGACAGACGUUCUCAUGGAAAUCUAAGUUCGGUACUCUCUUUAAAAAUGGGAACACAGUUUCAAAACCACCUUGACGUUUUAACGCCAAGGCUUAGUAAUUUAGCUUCAUUGCUAUUGCUAAUAGUUGUCUUGAUAUGUCCAAGUAUAUGUAUCAAAAGUUAUCCAUUUAAAAUAAAGAUUUUCUUUAACAUUA